UCCUGUUUUGUGUUUUAGGGGUGUGCAAGGGCUGUCUGAAGCACCCAGGGUGGGUUUUGGAGACAUCGCAGCCCAGCCAUGCUCGGGGUUGGGUGACACCCCGAUAGCCCCGUGUCCCAGAGCAUCUGGGGUCCCAAAACAGCCGCAACAUCCACUUUCCUGGAAGCUCCUGGGACGUGAUCAGGGUGAUUUGCUUGCUGCAUUGAAACCCCGUUUUUCUGAGAAAGUCACAACCUCUCCUUACAAAAACAACCCAGAGGAGCCCAUGCGUGCCAUCACAACCAUUAAAAACCCAACCAGACAAAAAACCCAAACAAAAACCAAGCCGAAGGGCAAACAGCUGCCUUAGAUAACUGGUAUCACAGGGCAGCGCCUACACCAGGUAACAGGUGAUUUUUAUGUUGUUUUUUUCUGCUGCUUGUCAUAAGGAAAUAGUUUUCUCCUCCAGCGAAACUCACGCCCACUGGUUUUCCGCCACGAGGGAGGCGAUAGCGGGGAUCCCAGGCGGAAGCGCUGGGCGCGCUCCUACCUGAAUGGCUGCUAAAAAUAGGGAUUAACUCAGCCCCGGGUAUAAAAACAGCACCUCCAGGAGAGUCUCAUAGUCCUUAGUGCCCGUGGCCGAGGAGGUUGUCUUGACCUAUCCAGAAGGGCAGAAAUACUGAUGGAAAGCAACACGCAGGCUCCGGCUGCGGUGAAGCCUCGGUGGGAUGUGGGGUUGCAGCCGUCGGGCAAGAUCCUCUCUCUGGACAGGCAAGGGGCCAAGAAAGUGCUGGAGAUCUAUGUCAGGCGCUCGCUGAGCUGCUGUGAAAACACGCUGGCGACCAAGAGAACUCUCCGGGAGAGACCCCGGGGCCGAGGGAAGAAGGCACAUGGGCUCCAGCGGUCAAAAAGUGACUUCUGCAAGUAUUCCUGUGCCAAACUCAGCCCCAAGAAGGACCAGGAGGAGCGACCCAAAGCACCGGACCUGGACGAGGCUCUGGUUGAUGAGAGCAAAACUCCUGGAGAGGUCCCGAAAGAGGAGCUGGAACCUGAAAGGAAAAGCACAAAAAACUCUUCCCAGGGCAAAACCCAACGCACCUGGUUCAAAAGUUUAUUUAAUUUCCUCUUCAAGAAGAGCCAUGAGGAGCAGAAGGAAAACACAGGGACAAAAGUAAAGGAGAAAGAUGCCAAAGCUCCUCUCGACUCCAAACCAGAAGGGGCUAAAAGACCCGGAGGGGACAUGAGCACGUCCCCGCCGCUGGGCAGAGCCCCGAGGAGGAGACCCAGCCUCAAGAGGGUUUUCUCCUUCAAGAAGCACGUGGAGGAGGAGCGGGGAGAAGCGGCAGCUGGGGCCAGGGCCAAGCGGCCCAGCUGCCUCCCCCUGCGGCAGGUCCAGGCGCCAGCCACGGCAGACGUGGAGCAGCCCGACGGUUACUACGCACGCGUGUCGGAAGAGAUCGGGCUGAUCGUGCAGGGCAGCGAGGGCCAGGGGAGCAGAGCCCGGGGCUGCGCGGAGCCGCCACAGCCAGCCGGUGCCGACGGGGUCGAUGAAGCCAUCAGGAGAAUCGUCGCCCUGCUCCAGAGCGCCGGAGAUGAGCUGGACAAGCAGGUGAAGGAAGAUGCACGGCUACGGAUGUUCUUCCGAGACAUGUCCUACAGCUCCUUCAAGAACCUGGCCGAUGCCUACGUCAACAAGGAAAUGACGGCCAGCAGACCUGACGCCAACCCCCAGGAGAUCCAGUUUGCCUUCACGGUGCAUCUCACCGCCAAGGUGGCUGGGAUCUGCAGCCAGGCUGUGAACAGGAUCAUGGGCUUCGGCACCCGCUACCUGGAGGAUUCGUUUGCACCCUUGUCCUACAGCAAAAUUCUCCAGCAGGACAGAGAACGGUUCAGCACAGACAACUGCGAGAGCCCCGACUGACACCGGCUGCUCCGACGGGCCCACGGUGCCUGGAACCCAAGGAUGCAGAUUUACUGAUGGGGGGACCGUCCCUGUUGGUGACCUGGAUGCAGGAUGAUUUUCUGAGCUGUGGAUUUAAAAUCUUGUAAGGAAAACCCAGUGACAUCCGCAGCAGUGUGAAAUGCUUCAAACCAGCUGGCUGAGGGCAAAGAGUCCGUAAAUCACACACAGGCCAAAUUUCAGAGAUUGCCUUGUGUUUGUAUUUUAGUUUUCACCAAGUGCACGUGUUGAACCUUGUGGUUUGUUUGUGUUCGUGUAUGUGUAUUUAUUUACUUGCUUUUCUAUACAUAUCUGUGAAUGCUCAACAUAAUUUUGUAGCUUCUGCUGUCAGCCCAGCAUUCAGUUCAGGAAAAAAAUAACCCUAAAACUCAAAUAAAUGGAUCCCUAAAUGACA